AUGCAGUCCAGAAAACCGCAGGGAAGCCGAUUGCGGCCCGUGGCCGACCCUCUAGAUAGGGCCGGUUUUGUUACCAAGGGUGACCGGAUGUAUGUAACCCCCAGAAAGCACGUUAUGCCUCUUUCUGCGCACGGGACGAACGCAGCAGGAAAGGGAAACACCCCACCUUCGGUGGAAUUGUCCAAGCUGCUUCUUUCCCUCCGGAAGCUGCGCGAAGGAAUGCUCGCAGCCUCGAAAGCUACCCCCGUGGCUUUUGCACAGCGCGUCCACGUGUUUUCGAUUCGUCUGUCCAUACUCGCCCACCACCCUCCUUCGUAUUCCCCUUCCCUAGAGCACACACUAGAAAGACUCCAUUCGAAAGCGCAUCCCCUUCCGGCCGCGGAAGUCAAAGAGCUGGUCACAUACUUGAUCCUGGACUAUGCAUGUCGCCAAGAGGCAAUGGCAUCGGCUUUCGAGUUGCGCGCCCGGGCGCGACGGGAGCACGGAUUCCAUUCUCAGGUUGUGGACCUCAUGAACUGGGCUGUGGACCGGAUGCGAAGGCACGCAUUGAAGGCUGUCGGUAGUGCCUAUCUUAAUGUUCAUGUAAGUUGGGUGGUCGGUGGGUGCACUGGUGGCGAUGGGUCUUGGACCUGGGAGAAACUGGUUGAUACAGAGAAUCUGGGCUGGGAAAGAGAAGGCGACAAGAUCGUUAUUCGACGCCCAAAGACCCGGCCGGCGCCAACCCCAGCUUCGACAUAA